AAAAAGGAAAACAACCGCCCGGCGGCCGGCAGAGCAGCACCCGGCCCCUGGCUCAGCCCCCGGAGUGCGGAGCCGCCCAGAUAUUUUGUGAGUGCCUACUAUGUGCCAGUCUGUGCCAGGCACUGGGGACACAGGUGGAAAAGUCCGAAUUGUUCCUUGCUUUCCUGGUGCUCAUCAUCCCAGAGAGUUAUGUCAUGCCCAGACCAGCAGAGGGCUCCAUGAGGAUUUAUAGAAGAUGCCCCGCCUCUCGGCGCCUUUGGUGCUGCUUCCAGCGUGGCUCGUGAUGGUGGCCUGCAGCCCGCAUUCCCUGAGGAUCGCUGCUAUUUUGGACGACCCCAUGGAGUGCAGCAGAGGGGAGCGGCUCUCCAUCACGCUGGCCAAGAACCGCAUCAACCGCGCUCCUGAGAGGCUGGGCAAGGCCAAGGUCGAAGUGGACAUCUUUGAGCUUCUCAGAGACAGCGAGUACGAGACUGCAGAAACCAUGUGUCAGAUCCUCCCCAAGGGGGUGGUCGCUGUCCUGGGACCAUCAUCCAGCCCAGCCUCCAGCUCUAUCAUCAGCAACAUCUGUGGGGAGAAGGAGGUCCCUCAUUUCAAAGUGGCCCCAGAGGAAUUUGUCAAGUUCCAGUUCCAGAGAUUCACAACUCUGAACCUCCACCCCAGCAACACCGACAUCAGUGUGGCUGUCGCUGGGAUCCUGAAUUUCUUCAACUGCACCACCGCCUGCCUCAUCUGUGCCAAAGCAGAAUGCCUUUUAAACCUAGAGAAGCUGCUCCGGCAAUUCCUUAUCUCCAAGGACACCCUCUCUGUCCGGAUGCUGGAUGACACCCGGGACCCUACCCCGCUCCUCAAAGAGAUCCGGGACGACAAGACAGCCACCAUCAUCAUCCAUGCCAACGCCUCCAUGUCCCACACCAUCCUCCUGAAGGCAGCUGAACUAGGGAUGGUGUCAGCCUAUUACACGUACAUCUUCACUAAUCUGGAGUUCUCGCUCCAGAGAAUGGACAGCCUUGUGGAUGAUCGUGUCAACAUCCUGGGAUUUUCCAUUUUCAACCAAUCCCAUGCUUUCUUCCAAGAGUUUGCCCAGAGCCUCAAUCAGUCCUGGCAGGAGAACUGUGACCACGUGCCCUUCACUGGGCCUGCGCUGUCCUCAGCCCUGCUGUUUGACGCCGUCUAUGCUGUGGUGUCGGCAGUCCAGGAGCUGAAUCGGAGCCAGGAGAUCGGCGUGAAACCCCUGUCCUGUGGCUCAGCCCAGAUCUGGCAGCAUGGCACCAGCCUCAUGAACUACCUGCGCAUGGUAGAAUUGGAAGGUCUCACCGGCCACAUUGAAUUCAACAGCAAAGGCCAGAGGUCCAACUACGCCUUGAAAAUCUUACAGUUCACAAGGAAUGGCUUUCGGCAGAUUGGCCAGUGGCACGUGGCGGAGGGCCUCAGCAUGGACAGCCGCCUCUACGCCUCCAACAGCUCAGACAGUCUCUUCAACACCACCCUGGUCGUCACCACCAUCCUGGAAAACCCGUAUUUAAUGCUGAAGGGGAACCACCAGGAGAUGGAAGGCAAUGACCGCUACGAGGGCUUCUGCGUGGACAUGCUGAAGGAGCUGGCGGAGAUCCUCCGCUUCAACUACAAGAUCCGCCUGGUGGGCGACGGCGUGUACGGCGUUCCUGAGGCCAACGGCACCUGGACUGGAAUGGUGGGGGAGCUGAUCGCUAGGAAAGCAGAUCUGGCUGUGGCAGGCCUCACCAUCACAGCCGAACGUGAGAAGGUGAUUGAUUUCUCUAAGCCAUUCAUGACGCUGGGAAUUAGCAUUCUUUACCGAGUUCAUAUGGGACGCAGACCCGGCUAUUUCUCCUUCCUGGACCCCUUUUCUCCCGGUGUCUGGCUCUUCAUGCUCCUAGCCUAUCUGGCUGUCAGCUGUGUCCUCUUCCUCGUGGCUCGGUUGACGCCCUACGAGUGGUACAGCCCACACCCGUGUGCCCAGGGCCGGUGCAACCUCCUGGUGAACCAGUACUCCCUCGGCAACAGCCUCUGGUUUCCGGUUGGGGGCUUCAUGCAGCAGGGCUCCACCAUUGCCCCUCGCGCCUUAUCCACCCGCUGUGUUAGUGGAGUCUGGUGGGCAUUCACGCUGAUCAUCAUCUCAUCCUAUACGGCCAACCUGGCAGCCUUCUUGACUGUGCAGCGCAUGGAUGUGCCCAUUGAGUCAGUGGAUGACCUGGCUGACCAGACCGCCAUUGAGUAUGGCACAAUUCACGGAGGCUCCAGCAUGACUUUCUUCCAAAAUUCCCGCUACCAAACCUACCAACGCAUGUGGAAUUAUAUGUACUCCAAGCAGCCAAGUGUGUUCGUGAAGAGUACGGAGGAGGGAAUCGCCAGGGUGUUGAAUUCCAACUACGCUUUCCUGCUGGAGUCCACCAUGAAUGAGUACUAUCGGCAGCGAAACUGCAACCUCACUCAGAUCGGGGGCCUGCUGGACACCAAGGGCUAUGGGAUUGGCAUGCCAGUCGGCUCGGUUUUCCGGGACGAGUUUGACCUGGCCAUUCUCCAGCUGCAGGAAAACAACCGUCUGGAAAUCCUGAAGCGCAAGUGGUGGGAAGGGGGGAAGUGCCCCAAGGAGGAAGAUCACAGAGCUAAAGGCCUGGGAAUGGAGAAUAUCGGUGGAAUCUUUGUGGUUCUUAUUUGUGGCUUAAUCGUGGCCAUUUUUAUGGCUAUGUUGGAGUUUUUAUGGACUCUCAGACACUCAGAAGCAACCGAGGUGUCCGUCUGCCAGGAGAUGGUGACCGAGCUGCGAAGCAUCAUUCUGUGUCAGGACAGUAUUCACCCCCGUCGGCGGCGAACUGGGGUCCCGCAGCCUCGGCCCCCCAUCCCAGAGGAGCGCCGGCCCAGGGGCACGGCGACGCUCAGCAACGGCAAGCUGUGCGGGGCCGGGGAACCGGACCAGCUGGCGCAGAGACUAGCCCAGGAGGCCGCCCUGGUGGCCCGCGGUUGCACACACAUCCGCGUCUGCCCCGAGUGCCGCCGCUUCCAGGGCCUGCGGGCGCGGCCGUCGCCAGCGCGCAGCGAGGAGAGCCUGGAGUGGGAGAAGACCACCAACAGCAGCGAGCCCGAGUAGCCCCAGCGGCCGCAGGACGCGCGGAGCCAGGAGAGGAGCGGGACCGCUGGGCAGGAGCUGCUGUCCGCCGCGAGCCCAGACUUACAUGUACAGCGUCGACCCUUCUCUCUGGAUUUGGGAUCCAGUCACUUUACAAAAUGGUCAA